AUGCGCGACCACUACGAAGGCGUCGAGUCGGACGACGAAACGGAUUCGGACUCCGCAGGUGAAGGCGGCGCCGAGUCGGACGAGGAGGAUCAGCCGCAGGUCGUCGGCGACGUAGAGGACGACAUGGCCGAGGAGGAGGACGACUUUUUGGACUUUGCCCGGGGCGCGCUGGGGGAGUGGGCGGGGUUCGUCAGGGAGCGGAGGGCGCGGGGCGGGUUUGUACCGACCUCCACCUCCAAGAAAACGACCUCAUCCUCAACAUCCCCGUGUGACGCCGCUCGAGGACGUCGAGCCGGAAGUAGCUCGCUGGAGGGGAGCCGGAGGAAGAGCGAGGGUGACAAAGGUGUGUGGUCGUCGAGCGAGUGA